GGGCGCGUCGCGCGCACGCGCAGCGGAGGGCGGCGCGGGCGGCAUGGGGACUGCGGCGGCGGCUGCGGCGGCCGGGGAGGGGGCGCGCGGCCCGAGCCCCGCCGCCGUGUCGCUCGGCCUGGGCGUGGCCGUGGUAUCCAGCCUAGUGAACGGGUCCACGUUCGUGCUGCAGAAGAAGGGCAUUGUGCGCGCUAAGAGGCGAGGUACUUCCUACCUAACAGACAUUGUAUGGUGGGCUGGCACAAUUGCAAUGGCUGUUGGCCAGAUUGGAAACUUCCUAGCUUACACUGCAGUCCCUACAGUCCUGGUGACUCCCUUGGGUGCCCUUGGAGUACCAUUUGGGUCCAUUUUAGCUUCUUAUCUUCUGAAGGAAAAACUCAACAUCUUGGGCAAGUUGGGGUGUCUGCUAAGCUGUGCAGGUUCUGUCGUGCUGAUUAUCCAUUCCCCAAAGUCUGAGAGUGUGACAACUCAGGCUGAGUUGGAGGAGAAGCUGACCAAUCCAGUGUUCGUGGGCUACCUAUGCAUUGUGCUGCUUAUGCUGCUGCUGUUGAUCUUCUGGAUUGCACCAGCCCACGGGCCCACCAACAUCAUGGUCUACAUCAGCAUUUGCUCCUUGCUGGGGAGUUUCACUGUGCCUUCCACCAAGGGCAUUGGGCUGGCAGCCCAAGACAUCUUGCACAACAAUCCAUCCAGUCAGAGAGCCCUCUGCCUGUGUCUGGUGCUCCUGGCUGUCCUGGGCUGCAGCAUCAUUGUCCAAUUCAGGUACAUCAACAAGGCCCUGGAGUGCUUCGACUCCUCUGUGUUUGGGGCCAUCUACUACGUGGUGUUUACCACGCUGGUCCUACUGGCUUCAGCCAUCCUCUUCCGGGAGUGGAGCAAUGUGGGCCUGGUGGACUUCUUAGGCAUGGCCUGUGGAUUUACAACUGUCUCCGUGGGAAUUGUCCUUAUACAAGUGUUCAAAGAAUUCAACUUCAACCUUGGGGAGAUGAACAAAUCCAAUAUGAAAACAGACUAAGAUGCAACUAAGGAGUGGGGGCUUAAGGAACAGGCAUUGAAGGGAAUCUGUGGUUCUUACUAGAUGUCAAGCAGAAGAGACUCUUGGUGAGAGCUGCCUGUGGAUAAUAGAGAGCCUGGCUUUGCACCAGGGUGGGGUCCAGACCUCUGCAGCACAAGGCUCCCAAUGGUUGUCUUGGUGUCAACUCUCUCUAAUGAGACAAAUCCUGUUUUCAUUUCCAUUAACCUAGAAGCAUUCAUAACUACUUGUUUAAAACAUUUUAACAUGAUUUAACCAGAAAAUAAGGAUGAGGUCUUUCUAGUUAGUCUUUGUAGGGGAGCAGAUGUUCUUAAAGUACCUUGGAAAAGGAAGAAACUGUCGUAAAAUCCUGCUCUGUACAGUAAACAUGACUGACUUUGUGCUUGUGUUAAGCAUGUAUAGCAUUCAGGUAUUGUACAAAUAAGAGGUAUAUGAAUUGAGUUGUUUUUAGUCCUUUAGCAACCUGACUUUCCUACAUGUACCCCCAAACAGUAGUAAGCAGAGAGAGGACAGUAAUGACAGUAAUUCAGAGUUCCAUUGACAGGGUGACCUUCCAAUAGCUCAAAUCAAUUUCAGUGCCUUUAUCAUUUAAAUUAUUCACUUAAUUUAACUAUUACUGUGUAUAAGUUAAAUGUUCUAAUCACAGAUAUGUAAAGCAGUUAGAAAAAAAUACUGUAAUAAGUAGAAGAUAGUGAAAACUAAAGAUACAGAAAAAAAACGAAAAGUGACCCAUUUGUAACCCAUUUGUGUAUUGUAGUCUGAUUAAGAACAACAGAAUAAGUAUGAAGAGAUGAUUUAUUUUCAUUUAACCUGUGUUACUUAGAUUGUUAUGGAAAAACACCUGCUUUCUGUUUCAGGAGGCAUUAUGUCCAUUCAGAAGAAAUAAACUAUUAAACUUGACACUGAGGUUGUUACAUUAGAUAGUGUCUCUUUAGUACAUACUGCAGGAGUUUAGUUAAAAGCACCUUAAUACAGGAAUAGAUCAAAGGAACACAGCUUAGGACUGUUUCUACAAAGGCCUACUUUCGGAGGCAGUUUCUAGCACAGAUUAAAACAAUGUAGCCUUCUUGUUUGAAAUGGUAUAGCCUUCUAAAGUUUCUUACUGAGCCUCUUACUAAACCUCUGACUGUAUGCAAGGCCCUGGGUUUUAUACCCAGCAUUGAAGAGAAACAACAAAACAAAACAGCCUUCUUAAGUGGAAAAUAGCUGUUAAUCAUGCAGUAUUUUGAUCAGAAAUGAUUCUUCUAUCCAUAGUAAUCUUCCCUGUGCUUUAAAUUGGAGCAAGGUACAAGGUGAUACAAUAUAGCACCAUAUUAUGAUAUUGUAUAUUUCACAUGUUUUGUUUUAUCUAAAUGGAAUAGGCCAGGUUUAAAAAAUGGGGUUCAAUAAAUAAUUUGGGUAAAUUUUAAUAAUACCCAAUUAAACGUCUUACUAAGAUAAAAAAUGUGCUUUUCCACAUAGAAAGGGCGUUUCUAAAGUAAAAUGCCAGAGAAUAGCUGGGUGGUGGUGGAGCACAUCUUUAAUCUCAGAAUUUAAGAGUCAGAGGCGGGUGUGUCUCUGAAUUGAGGCCAGCCUGGUUUACAGAGUGAGCUCCAGGACAGCCAAGACUAUACAGAGAAACCCUGUCUUAAUUUCCCUGGUCCAGAAAAAAAGACACAAAGAAUAGUUCACUGACCUGUAGAAUAAAAAGGGUAAAUAAAAUACUAGUUUAACAUAAAAGAAUUUGGUUUUCUGGCUCAUUUGUCAGGUUUAAUAAAUUGAAAUAAAUGAAUGAUAACUUU